AUGUGCUCAAAUCGGUGGCUCAACGUAACCUACUACGUGGAAUGCAUUUGCUUCGGAGUUGCCGUAUUCCUGAACACAAUUCUGCUCAUUUUGAUCCGAGAAAAGCCACGGCUAGCAUUCGGCAAGUACAAAUAUCUGAUGAUGGUGUUUUCGAUCCUUGAAAUUCUCUAUGCCAUCAUGUACUUUUGGUGUAAACCGAAUGCACAUGUAACCCAGACAUCAUUCACAAUAUUCACUAUUCUCGAGAAUUCGCACGUUUCUAAGGAUAUUGGAGUUAUCGCAGUCACUAUAUGGUGUUCCUUCUACGCUAUGAUGCUCUCCCUGCUCUCCAUCCACUUCUUCUAUCGUUACACAUCCGUCACCGCACCCAUCCUUCUUAUGAAACGAUUCUCAUGUCGUUACAUAUUCAAAUACACUCUAUACAUCUUAACAUUUUCUUCCAUCUGGGGUCUCUCGUGCUAUUUCCUUUGCGGGCCGACUGAAAACAAGGAUUACGAGUUGAAGCUAGAGUUCGAGGAAGCUUACUGCUUGGAGCCUGAUGAGUAUUCGUAUGUUGGACCACAAUAUUUCUACGAACACCGCAAAAUUAUCGAUUCGAAUGAAGAAAUCAGGGAGAAGAUCUUCCAUCUUCCAUCUUUCCUUGGAAUCGGGAUCAUUGCCGUUUUAAUGGUUGGAAUUUUGGUUUCUUCUGCUUUAUUUGGAGCCGAAACUUACAAAAUUCUCAAUGCUCAAGGACUCGCAUGCUAUGCAGCUAAGGAACUACAGAAGCAGCUUUUCAAAACUUUGGUAAUUCAAAGCUCGAUCCCGAUGAUCUUUAUGGUUCUACCGAUAACAUGUAUGUUCUUGCUUCCAUUUUUUGGUGUCAAAGUUGGAGAAGUUGCAAAUUUAAUCCCGAUGUGUGCGGCGAUAUACCCAUGUUUGAAUCCAAUGAUCGCCAUGAUUUUCAUCAAAGAUUUCAGUAAUAGAAUAAUUGAAAUCAUCACCUGCUCUAAAGGACGACGCUUCAAGGUUGGCACGUUGCCAGCCAGCUCCGCCGAUAACACGAAUACAUUCAACAUGCAGAACUUGUCUCGACUAUCUCUUACUUCCUAG